AUGCAGGAGUUUGUGACGAAGGUUCAUGUGAGAAACAUGGCCGAGGAUCCUGUCAAUGUGAAUGAGUAUCAAGAAUUGGCUAGGCAAGCCCUUCUAAAAAUGUAUUAUGAUUUUUAUGCCGGGGGAGCAGAAGACCAGUAUACACUUCAAGAAAACACGGAAGCCUUUCGCAGAAUAACGUUUAGGCUGAGAAUCCUCAUUGAUGGGAGCAAAAUUAGUUUGUUGACUAUUCUAUUGGGCUAUCACGUUUCUGCGCCCUUUAUGAUUGCUCCAACUGCUAGGCAUAAGUUAGCACAUCCUGAAGGAGAGGUUGCCACCGCAAGAGCAGCUGCUGCAUGUAAUGUCAUCAUGAUUCUUUCAUAUAUGUCCAUGUGCACUGUAGAAGAGGUCGCGUCCAGCUAUGAUGCCAUUCGAUUCUUUCAAAUAUAUGUAUACAAGAGACGGGAUAUUACAACUCGGCUAGUACAAAGAGCUGAAAGAAGUGGAUCCAAAGCUAUUGUUCUUACUGUUGAUGUUCCCAGACUUGGCAGAAGGGAGGUAGACAUAAAGAACAAAAUGAUAGCGCCUCAGUUGAAGAAUUUUGAAGGUCUACUCUCAACUCAAGUUGUCUCUGAUGAGGGUUCAAACGUAAAAGCUUUUGCUGAUUCAACUGUUGAUGCUUCUUUGAGUUGGAAGGACAUUGUAUGGUUGAGAUCUAUAACAAAAUCGCCGAUUCUGAUCAAGGGAGUUCUUACACACGAAGAUGCAAUCAAGGCAGUGGAAGCAGGUGCUGCUGGGAUAAUUGUCUCCAAUCAUGGAGCUCGACAGCUAGAUUAUACUCCAGCCACGAUAUCGGUUCUGGUAGAGGUUGUUCAUGCAGUCAAAGGGAAAGUCCCUGUUUUUGUUGAUGGAGGAGUGCGGCAAGGAACAGAUGUUUUCAAGGUAUUGGCCCUUGGGGCACAAGCAGUACUUAUAGGAAGGCCUGUUGUAUAUGGAUUGGCGGCAAAAGGAAAAAUUGGAGUUAGAAGGGUCACUGAGAUGCUGAAGGAUGAGCUCGAGCUUACGAUGGCACUAUCUGGAUGUCCUACCAUAAAGGAUAUUACCAGGGGCCACGUGAUAACAGACCGUGAGAGAUUUCGUUCCUCACUCUGAAUUCACGUUGUAGCAUCCAUGAAGAUAAGAUUCACAUAGGCAAAUAGACAAUACCCUUGUUGUAUUAUCGCGUGUAGUUUGCCAUGUUAUGUAAAUAGUGGUCG